CUCCAGCCAUCAGCCAUGAAAUAAGCUGCAUCCCCCCAAAACAAGGGCAAAAAAAUAUUAUAAAAGCCCUCAUUUCUAAUCUUUCACUCAUCCCCCAAAUUUUUCAGUUCGAAGAUUUUUUUUCCUUUUUGUGGUUUACAGCUUGAGAUCUGAGAGCAAAGACCCUGUUUUUCAUUGGGGGUUUUUUGUUUGAAGUUCUUUGGUUGUAAACCUGAUUUUGUUUUUUAAAAUAAGACUUGAUUUUUAGUUUUAAUAUAUCUCUUUUUUAUUAUUUUGGGAUAAAUUUUUCAUUAGUUUUUUUUUGGGUCUUCGGAAUUGGAAUUUUUGGGGAAUGGAGGUUUCGGUAAUUAGGAGUUGUUCUCAGGCAACAAACCCUAAAACAGAAUUAGGGUUUAAGGAUUCAAGGUUUAGUUUCGGGAAAUUUAAUGAGAAACUAUUUUUCCGGAAACCAAACAGUGUUUCGUUUCAGAGUCCAUUAAGGAGGGGAAAAUCUGGGCUCAGAAUAACAGCGCAAGCUGCCCAAUCUGAUCCCCUCCCUAAAUCGAAGUCUUCUACAAAAUCCAAAACUCUUAAUAGAGUAAGAUUAUUUGCUGGCCUGCCUCUAGAUGUUGUGUCUGGUGGUACAGUCAACCAGUUUCGAGCAAUAUCAGCGGGGCUUAAAGCUUUGAAACUUCUCGGUUUGGAAGGUGUUGAAUUGCCUAUAUGGUGGGGAGUGGUCGAGCAUGAGUCGAUGGGAAAGUACGACUGGUCUGGCUACCUUACCAUUGCCGAGAUGGUUCGGAAAGCAGGUCUUAAACUUCACGUAACACUCUGCUUUCACGCUUCCAGUCAACCUAAGAUCCCACUUCCCGAGUGGGUACUUGAUAUUGGGAAAACCAAGUCCAAUAUCUUCUUCAAGGAUCGAGCUGGAAAGCCUUACCGAGGAUGUCUUUCACUGGCUGUUGAUGAGCUUGCUGUUCUUAAUGGGAAGACUCCAAUGCAAGUGUAUCAGGAUUUCUGCGAAAGCUUCAAGUCGGCUUUUUCGGCUUUCAUCGGUUCUACGAUCACGGGAAUCACAAUGGGUCUCGGACCAGAUGGUGAGCUUCGGUAUCCAUCUCACCGUGGGUUUGCCAAAAGUGACACAGUUCCGGGAGCUGGGGAGUUCCAAUGUUACGACAAAAACAUGCUUCACCUUCUUAAGCAACAUGCCGAAGCAUGCGGAAAGCCAAAGUGGGGACUAGGUGGCCCUCAUGAUGCACCCGCUUACAGCGAGUUGCCUACAGCAAACACCUUCUUCAAGGAUCAUGGUGGAUCUUGGGAAAGUCCUUAUGGUGAUUUCUUCCUUUCUUGGUACUCAAGCCAGCUCAUAGCUCAUGGAGAUCGCCUACUCUCACUUGCCUCUUCGGUUUUCAGUGAUAGUGCAGUGAACAUUUUCGGGAAAGUCCCGUUGAUGCACUCUUGGCACGGAACCCGCUCACAUCCUUCCGAGCUCACAGCUGGCUUCUACAACACUGCCACGAGAAAAGGCUACGAAGAAGUUGCAGAGAUGUUUGCAAGGAAUUCAUGCAAAAUCAUCUUGCCUGGGAUGGACCAGUCAGAUAAGUACCAGCAUAAGGAAUCUCUCUCAAGCCCUGAAUCAUUACUUGCUGAAAUUGGAACAGCUUGCAACAAACACGGGGUCGGAAUUUCCGGCCAGAACUCGACUGUCGGAGCUCCUGAUGGUCUUAAGCAGAUCAAGAAGAACAUGUUGAGUGAGAAUCUUAAUGACUCGUUCAUUUUCCAGAGGAUUGGAGCUCAAUUCUUCGCACCGGAGCAUUUUCCUUUGUUCAUUGAGUUUGUCCGGAAACUGAACCAACCUGAACUGCAUUCAGGCAAUCUGCCUACUAAAGAAGGCACCACCACCGCCACAGAUUCUGUACAUACAAGGUCAAAUCUGAGCAUCCACAUGCAAUCAGCUUAAGUAGAGAGGACAAUUAUGUGUAGAUAGCAUCCUUGUAAGGUACCAGAAGUCAGAAGAUAUUGGAUUGGAAAAAAAAAAAAAGAUUGUACCAUUUGACUGAGUACUGCAAAGACAUAGCUAAGCAAAUAUUUGCAGUAUAUACACCAAUUCUCUUUUAACUCUCCCUUUUAUAAAAUGAAAAUCGAAUAAA